AUGGUACACCUUGUGGCUGUACCCGAGUCAAUCACAGCAAGUGGCUGUGCUUGUGUCUUUAUCGGCACCAUCUUCCGACUUCAUGGGUUGCCCCGCGAACUCGUAUCAGACAGAGACCCACGAUUCACUGCUGAUUUCUUCCGUUCCGUGUUCAAAUCACUCGGAACGCGCUUGAAGAUGUCGACAUCUGAUCAUCCAGAGUCAGAUGGUCAGACGGAACGUGCCAAUCGUGUCCUCGAAGAGAUACUUCGAGGGUACGUACACUCCUUUAAGAGUUGGAGUGAGUUCUUGCCAAUGGUAGAGUUUGCCAUUAACAACUCGGUGCAUGCGCCCACGACACAUACACCGUUUUACGUGAAUGGCUUACGCCAUCCGCGUGUACCCACCUUACUAGAGUGUAACUCUGGUUUAAGGGGGGGAGGGACUCGCGCGAUCACGAAACGAUUUGGUUCACGCUCAUCACGCUCUGACGAAGAAGUCAUUGCGUUUGAUGCCGAUAUCGAUAACAUCGAUAUCGAAGAAGAUGAUGCCAGUGAGAGUGCGGAAGCCCUCACUGAAGAAAAGAUUGAUGUUACUGCAGUGCACUCACAGCGCACUGAAGCUAACGAGUCAUCAGAUGAGUUCAUACUGGCUCGUGAAACGGUAGUCCGUUUUGUGCAAGACUCCAUCGCCGAAGCGGUGGAUAAGCAAAAGCAAAACGCUGACAAGAAUGGAAGGGCAAACACUCUUUUAUUCAAUAAGGGUGACUUAGUCCUACUGUCUACGAUAAACCUACCAAAGCAUGUAGUGACUAACUUGGGUAGUAGUAAACUUCUACCCAAAUACAUCGGCCCAUUUCGUGUAUUGCAUUGCCUAGGCAAUGCAUACACGAUCAAAUUGCCACGUAAGAUGCGAACGCAUCCCACGUUUUACGUUGGUCGGUUGAACCGUACCAUCAGUACGCUGCUUCUUCCGAUGAAGAAUGCCCUUGCGCUGAAGCAUCUCGCAGAGAGCCUUGUGCUCCCGAUGGUGGGCAUCGACAAGGGUCUGAAGAGCAAUUAA